UAAUUUAUUAUUCAAGUAAACGAUUAUUUUUUAUUUUUUUAAAAACCUAAUCAAAUGGUUCAAAUGUUGUAAUAAAUUGAUUACUUGAUAUUAAACAAAUUUAUUAUUUAUUUUACUUUUUAAUAUGUCAGUGCUCCGGCCUAACAUUCUUUGGAAGGUAUCGCAAAAAUCAUUUCAAGUGUGGUCACCUACUGUGUAUGGAUUAAGAUUGCAAUCAAAAUAUUCGUCAAACGCAGACUCAUUCCUUAACGGAGCCAAUGCGAAUUUCCUUGAAGCGCAAUACUUGGACUGGUCAAAAAGUAAAGGAGCUAUAGAUUCGUCCUGGGAUGAAUUUUAUGUAAGUCUCAGUGGACCGGCGUUGAAAAUAGAGGAAUUUGAAAAUGAGUUUAGUCCAACGACUAUACAGUCUAGAGAGAAAACAACAUCAGCUGCAAAGGAUAAAGAGGCCGAGCGAGAAAAGAUCAAGUUACAUUUGGCUGUCCAGAACCUAAUAAGAAGUUAUCAGUGUCGUGGUCAUCUACUUGCGAAGACUGAUCCGCUUGGUUUGACCCUGGGUGCAAGAUUCCUGUUGAAGAACGACUACCCUCACAACAUGACCUUGAAAGGGGUGGAAUGUCAGAUCGUUGCGAGGGAAUUGGGAACGGUAUUAUGUGAAAAACAUAUGGACAUGGUAUUUGAACUGCCGGAUCGAACAUUUCUUGGCGGAAAUGAGACUGCCCUCACACUUAGAGAGAUAAUACACCGCCUUGAAAAAGUGUACUGCAGUUCAAUAGGCGUGGAAUAUAUGCACGUGUACAAUAUAGACAGCCUCCAAUUCAUUAGAGAGCGCAUCGAGAAGCCUGGCGCGUUUGACAAGACAAUUGAAGAAAAACGACUCAUUAUGCGUCGGCUAACCAAAGCUGUGUUUUUAGAGAAAUACUUCGCAACCAAAUGGCCGGCCGAGAAAAGAUUCGGUCUGGAAGGCGGCGAGAGUAUGAUAGUCAUGUUGGAGGAAAUCGUUGACAGUAGCUCCAGAUUAGGUGUGGAGUCUAUAGUCAUGGCGAUGCAGCACAGAGGUCGUCUGAAUAUGUUAGUGAACGUGUGCCGGAAACAAUUGACGGAUAUUUUUGCACAAUUCAAACCAAUGGAGCCCAAGGAACCGGGUUCAGGCGACAUCAAGUACCAUCUGGGAACGUACAUCCAUCGGUUCAUACGUCAGACCAACAAGUAUAUCAAGGUGUCUAUGAGUGCCAACCCCUCCCAUUUGGAGGUGGUGUCGCCUGUGGUCGUCGGUAAAGCCAGGGCAGAGCAGCACUGGAGAGGGGACAAUAAUGGCGAUAAGGUGAUGGCAAUAAUAAUUCACGGGGACGCAGCAUUCUCCGGACAGGGGGUGGUGUACGAGACGGCGCACCUGAGCAGCCUGCCCUCUUUCACUACACACGGCUCCAUCCACAUUGUGUGCAACAACCAAAUUGGAUACACCACGGAUCCGAGGUUCGCCAGGAGCUCACCGUACUGUUCAGAUGUGGCCAAGUGCGUGGAUGCACCGGUACUGCAUGUGAAUGCUGACGACGCGGAGGCGGUGGCACACGUGGCUCGGAUGGCCAUCGAGUACCGCUGCAAGUUCAAGAAGGACGUGGUCAUCGACCUGGUGUGCUACCGUCGCUUCGGUCACAGCGAGGAGGAUGAGCCCAUGUUCACACAACCGUUUAUGUAUAAGAAGAUACGGACCAUGGAGACUGUUGAUAAAAUCUAUGGAGCAAAACUGAAAGCUGAAGGAAUAGUAACAGACGCCGACAUCAAACAAUGGGAGAAAGAGUAUAUGGACACAUUGAACAAACACUUUGAACUCGCCAAGAAGAUAACAAAGCUCAGCAUAAUGGAUUGGAUUGACACGCCAUGGACUGGAUUCUUCGAAGCCACUGAUCCUAACAAGAUCCAAGAAACGGGCAUAAGUGAUGCCACUAUAUCCACUAUAUCGCAGCACUUCUGCAGACCACCGGAGUCGUCAUUUGAGAUUCACAAGGGCAUCAUGAGAAUACUCGCAAACAGAGAGAAAAUGGUGAAAGAAGGUAUUGCUGAUUGGGCAAUGGGAGAAGCGCUUGCAUACGGUUCGUUGCUGCGUGACAAAAUACAUAUUCGUUUAACUGGUGAAGACGUCGAGAGAGGCACCAUGGCCCAUAGGCACCAUGUGUACCACCACCAGGGUGUUGAUGGAGCCACCUACAGAGUACUGGACGUGCUGUACCCUGACCAAGCGCGGUAUAGUCUACAUAACAGUUCUCUAUCUGAAUUUGGUAUCUUGGGCUUCGAAGUGGGUUAUUCGUAUUCGAGUCCAUAUCUGCUGACGAUAUGGGAGGCACAGUAUGGAGACUUUGCUGACACUGCGCAGCCCGUGUUCGACACGUUCAUAGCUAACGGCGAGAGCAAGUGGGUGUGUCAGUCGGGCCUCGUAGUGCAGUUGCCUCACGGUAUCGACGGAGCUGGUCCAGAACAUUCGUCGGGGCGCGUGGAACGCUUCUUGCAGCAGGCGGACGACGAUGAAGAUAACAUACCAGACCUUGACGACAAAGACAUGGUCUUGAAACAACUCCGCUCUGCGAAUUGGAUCGUGUGCAAUCUGACGACACCGGCAAAUUACUUCCACAUGAUACGGCGGCAGAUCGCACUGCCCUUCCGCAAGCCAGUGAUACUGAUGACACCGAAAAUAGGCCUCAAGCACCCCUUUUACAGAUCGAAAUUUGAAGAUUUCCGGCUGGGAACAUCCUUCCAAAGGGCAAUAAGAGAAUCAGGACCGGCAACGAAGAAGCCGGAAUCCGUUAAAAAACUUAUAUUCUGCUCCGGAAAAGUGGCUAUUACAAUCAGCGAAUUACUCAAAGAGAAGAAACUAGAAGACAAUAUAGCUAUGUGCCGCAUCGAACAGUUGUACCCGUUUCCAUACGAUAUCGUGUUGAAAGAGUUCUGCAGAUACGAGAAUGCCAAGGUUUUCUUUUGUCAGGAGGAACACAAGAAUCAAGGGCCGUGGCCAUUCGUCAAAGUUCGAUUGGAGAAUCUGUUUGGGAAGAAAAUUGGUUGCAUAUCCAGACCAUCAAGCUCGGCGUCAGCGACUGGCAUAAAGUGGGUUCAUGCAAAGGAGCUGAAGGAGUUAAAAGAGAAAAUUGUUACGUUAUAAAUUGUGGUUUGUUUUAUAGAGAAAUUGCGUCUAAACAUAUGUUAAUAAAUU